GAUCAGCAGUCACGCUUUAGGCAGCCAGUGAUCAGUAAAGCCGCAGCUCAGGUCAGGACUGGCAAAGGAGAUGUAAUUAGGGAUGGGCUCAGGGGUUUCAUCACCCAGACCCCCCACCACACCUGCAGCCCAGCCGGACAAAUGUACAACCGCUCCAAUGUCUGGGAAUGAAGAGCGCACUUUCAUCGCCAUCAAGCCGGAUGGGGUGCAGAGAGGACUCGUCGGAGAAAUCAUCAAGCGCUUCGAACAGAAAGGCUUCAAGUUAGUGGCUAUGAAGUUAAUCCAGGCAGAUGAGGAUCUUCUUAGACAGCACUACAGUGACCUGAAGGAUCGGCCUUUUUUCCCUGGACUUGUCAGUUAUAUGUCUGCUGGUCCUGUGGUUGCAAUGGUGUGGGAAGGUUUUAAUGUUAUAAAAACUGGCAGAGUAAUGCUUGGCGAGACUAAUCCCAUUGACUCCAAGCCUGGGACUAUCCGAGGUGACUUUUGCGUUCAAGUUGGACGGAACAUUAUUCACGGCAGUGAUUCUGUGGAAAGUGCCAACACUGAGAUCAACCUGUGGUUCAAACCAGAUGAGAUCUGCGAUUACACCAAAUGUCAGGAAAGCUGGAUCAACAGCUAAAUGCUUCCUUCUUUUCCUGCACAUUUCUCCCUUUCUAGUGUUUCUCCAUUAAUGUACACUUCCCCCCCCACCACUGUUUCUGGUGUCUGUCUUUACAAUAAAACCAAAAAUCAUUUCUACCCCAUAA